AUGUGGAACCCCAGUUUAGCCUCAGUUUUAAUAUUUCAAUUUCUCCUCAUCCUCCCGGAAUCGCACUCUUGUCAGAAGAAACAUCUCAAAAAUUUACUCAGCGAUGGGCCCGGUUUAGAGCCGGAAAUUCACCACCACAAUUACCACCAUCACUAUGAUCAAAACGGGCAUGAAAUUCCACCACCACACCCGCAAGUGGAUAUUUUAAGGGGUGGUCACUACCAGGGAGAAGGUGUCGAGCAAGUCACCGCUGUGGAGGAUGGAGAUUACCCGGCCAAACAUGUCGUCGUCCUUCAACCAGCACCACCACCACCGCAAGCAGAUGAGGACUUUUUUGAUUCCAUCAUCCCUAAAAAAUUCCACCCGAAACAUAUCCUCAAACACCACAUUCAUAAAUUAAGGGAUCGAUUCCGUGACCUGUUGGGAGACAAGAAGCCAGCUAAACAUACUCACCACGGGCAUCAUGGGGGAGGAAAGUUGGGAAAGUAUCAACAAGCCAGAGGACCCCCACCACCACCCCCACAAGGACCUUAUCCUUACGGAAAGGUAGCCGUUCCUGCACUAAAAGUGCCUCUCGUGCAAGUUGAAGCGUACAAACCUGCAUCGCCACAUUAUCAUCAAGAUCCAAAUCAUCCCAAAACUGUGGCGUAUGUCAGUCCGGAUGGUUAUCAACCUGCCGUUGUGGUCAAACAGAGACCACUUUCUCACCCACCACCACCACCUCCUCCCCCGCACUAUGCCCACGAACCACACCCACCCCCACACGCUCACCCACCUCCAGGAGAGGCCUACCAGUAUCAACCUGUCGCUUACGAGCCACCCCAGCCAAAGGGUCCUCCACCACCACAGCACGAAUAUCCGGUAGCUUAUCAACCACAACCGCAGCAUCAUCCCGUCUCAUAUCUUCACCACCCGCAACCUCAUCAACAGCCUCAACCCCAGGUCACGGUCCAGGUCCAACCUCAAGUACAACACGUAACUUACGCGUCGCCCGAAGAAAGUCCGUACCACCAAAUAUCAUCGCCUGGUUCUUCGAUAUAUGGUCCGCAGUCGUCCAGUCCGUACUCCUCGUCGCCAUUUGCGUCUCAUCGCAGCGGGGGUGGUGGUGGUGGGAGUGGGGCCACGAGUUACCAGCAUUUUGGCCCGUCGUCGUCAGUGUCUUACAGCACUGGGGGUGGAGCGAGUCCCUUCGCUUCGGAUAGUUCGUCUCCCUACGGAGAAUCCAGCAUAUAUCAAUAA